AUGGGCUUUAUUAAGUCUGUUGCUGCAGCCUUUGCUGCUUUGUCGGUUGUUGAUGCCGCACAAUUGCUAGGUGCAUCUAGCAAGGACAUUAUUCCCAACUCUUAUAUUGUUGUUAUGAAAGACUCCGUCUCUUCCACUGAGUUUGACUCUCAUGUCAGUGGUGUCACGAACCUCCAUCAUGAGCACCUUAGCAAAAGAGGAUCUACGAACUUUGGCGGUUUGAAGCAUAUGUACUCAAUCAACGGAUGGCAAGGCUACAGCGGAUCGUUCAGCCGUGAUACCAUCAAUGAAAUCCUCAAGGAUGACAACGUUGAUUACGUCGAGCAUGACCGCCGUGCGAAGAUACUGGGGUGGGCGUCUCAGCCAAAUGCUCCAUCUUGGGGGCUUGGGAGAGUUUCUCACCGCGAGAGAGGCAACUCAACCCUUGUUUAUGAUGAGAUGGCUGGUGAAGGCAUCACAUUUUAUGGCGUUGAUACCGGAAUUGAUAUCACACAUCCUGACUUUGGUGGCCGAGGUGUCUUGGGCACAAAUGUUGUAGGUGGCGCACACCUCGAUGGUCAUGGUCAUGGUACCCACACUGCGGGAACUGUUGCUGGAAACGCUUACGGGAUCGCCAAAAAAGCCAGUAUUGUCUCGGUCAAGGUUCUCAACAACCGAGGUUCUGGAUCCUGGAGUGGCAUUAUCGCAGGUUUGAACUGGUGUGUCACUCAUGCACGCGAAAACAACGUCCUUGGCAAAGCUGUGAUGAACUUGUCCAUCGGCGGUGGACGAAUGACCUCUGUCAACCAAGCUGCUACCAAUGCAGCAAAUGCCGGCAUCUUCCUUGCUGUAGCAGCUGGAAAUUGCAAUACUGAUGCUAGAAACAUCUCUCCUGCCUCCGCCGAAAAUGUCUGCACUGUUGCUGCCUCCACUGAAUUUGACCGCAAGGCAUCCUUCUCCAACUACGGAGCUACCAUUGAAAUCUAUGCUCCCGGAAACAAUAUUAUCUCCACUGUCCCCGGUAACCGUUCCAGGGCCAUGUCCGGUACCUCCAUGGCGGCUCCACACGUUGCCGGCGUUGCUGCUGCAAUCAUGGCUUCCCAAAAUAUUGCCCCAAGUGAGGUUUGCGCUCAUCUUGCUGGUAUGGCUGAGGGUAAAAUCACCAACCCUGGCCGCUCGACUACCAACAAACUUCUCUACAACGGCAGCGGCGAGUAA